CCGUGGCUCUCGGUCGGGCGACAGAGACUGGAGAGCGAUGGAGGCUUCCCGGGACGAAGGGAAAGGAACAUCUAAAGCACUGAAGAUUGGCUAAGGACAAGGACUUUAGCAUUUACAAAAGCGGAGAUUAGAAGACAUCCGAGGCAUCAGGAUUCAGACAUACUUGUUGCAACUGUCGACAAAAGGCAGAUUGAUCGGGACAUGCGUUAGGCUGCACCAUGGGCUCAUCUCGGGGAAUGGGCACCCUGCGGGACCUGCAGCUGGCGCUGCAGCUGAAGAUCGAGGAGCUCCGGCAGCGGGACGCUCUGAUCGACGAGCUGGAGCUCGAGCUGGACACCAAGGACGACCUCAUCAGACAGCUGCAGCUCGAGCUGGACCGCCACCGCACCGCCUCGCAGAACCCCGCCAACGACGGACACUCAGGCUCAGUGGGGGGUGCGUCUCCCACCUUGAGUGACGAGCCCCAGAGGACCAAGCGCCAGGCCAUCUCCGCCGAGCCCACCGCCCUGGACCCCGCCCAGCUCACACACGUCACCCUCACCAACUACAGCAAGAGCCAGGAGUCUCAGGAGCUCAUUCAAAGAGCACUGCUAGAGAACGACUUCAUGAAACAUUUGGAGCACGGACAGAUCCUGACUAUAAUGGAAUGCAUGCACCCAACCAGUGUGUCCCAAGGAUGCUGUGUCAUCCAGGAAGGAGACGAUGGUUCCACCGUUUAUGUUCUGGAAGAGGGUAUGGUGGAAGUUACCAAAGAAGGGAAGAAGCUGUGCACCAUAAAUGCAGGGAAAGUGUUUGGGGAGUUGGCCAUCCUGUACAACAGCAGUCGGACAGCUACCGUUACAGCCCUGACGGACAUCAAGCUGUGGGCGAUAGACAGACAGGUGUUCCAGACCAUCAUGAUGAGGACUGGACUCAUCAAACACUCCCAGUACAUGGAGUUCCUGCGCAGUGUUCCCUCCCUGCAGGCCCAGCCCGUGGACGUCCUCAGCAAACUGGCCGAUGUUCUGGAGGAGACUCAUUACAGCGAUGGUGAUUACAUCAUCCGCCAGGGCGCCACUGGCGAUACCUUCUUCGUCAUCAGUGAAGGACAGGUCAAGGUGAGCCAGCAGAACCCUGUGAGCGAGGAGCUGGUGUUUCUGAACACGCUGACCAAGGGAGAGUGGUUUGGGGAGCAGGCCCUCAAAGGCGAGGACGUCCGAAUGGCCAGUGUCACAGCUGUGGGUGACGUCACCUGCUUGGUCAUCGAUCGAGAUACGUUCAAACAGCUUAUCGGCGGUCUGGAACAGGCGGACAACAAGCAGUAUGACAGCGACGAGCUCAGGGCAAAGGUUGAGGCUGAGGAGGUGUACUUCUCCAGCGUGUCUCUCAAUGACUUCAACGUCAUCUGCACCCUUGGGAUGGGGGGCUACAGCCGCGUGGAGCUGGUGCAGUUGAAGAGCGACAGCAGCCGUUCGUUUGCGAUGAAGGUGCUGAAGAAGAGACACAUCCUGGACACCAGCCAGCAGGACCACAUCCUGUCUGAGAGACGCAUCAUGAAGGAGGCCCACAGCCCCUUCACCGUCAGGCUGUACCGCACCUUCAAGGACUCAAAGUACCUCUACAUGCUGCUGGAAUCCUGUCUGGGAGGAGAGCUGUGGUCACUGCUCAGAGACAGGGGUUCCUUUGACGACGGCACCACGCGGUUCUACACGGGCUGCGUGAUCGAGGCGCUGGCCUUCCUCCAGUGCAGGGGCAUCAUCUACCGGGACCUCAAGCCCGAGAACAUCAUCCUGGACCAGCGCGGCUACGCCAAGCUGGUGGACUUUGGCUUCGCUAAGAAGGUGGGUCUGGGUAAGAAGACCUGGACGUUCUGCGGUACCCCGGAGUACGUGGCCCCCGAGAUCAUCCUGAACAAGGGCCACGACAGCUCGGCCGACUGCUGGUCCCUCGGGAUCCUCAUCUUCGAGCUGCUGAGUGGCAGCCCCCCGUUCUCGGGUUCCGACCCCAUGAAGACGUACAACAUCAUCCUGAGAGGCAUCGACAUGGUCGAGUUCCCCAAGAAGAUCACCAAGAGUGCUGCCAACCUCAUCAAGCGUCUGUGCAGGGACAACCCAUCUGAGCGUCUGGGGAACCAGAAGAACGGGGUGAAGGACAUUCAGAAACACAAGUGGUUUGAGGGAUUCAACUGGGAGGGGCUCCGCCAGGGGACCAUAGACUCCCCCUACACCCCCACUGUGACCGGGCCGCUGGACAACAGUAACUUCGACUACUUCCCCGAAGACACCGACGAGCCCCCGGACGAGGAGUCAGGCUGGGACCUGGAGUUCUAGAGAGAAGAGCUCUCUCAGCACUGUGUGUUAUAAAGUGUGUUGUACGCGUUGCUAUUCAUUGUUACCCUUGGAUAUGUUUGUAUAGUCUGAUGUUUUAGGGAGAAAUUGGUCAACAGGGUUGGAGACGGUUUUGUUUGAUGUAUUAAAGGAUGCGUCAUCAUAAA